UCUACUUAGAACCGUCAAGAUCAUUUUAUUUUCUUAUUUUCUUUCUUACAAUGUCUCUGGUUUAGGAGUGGCUUAACACAAGGAUUGUGACAAUUGCCACACCUUGUGAUAUCUACAAUCCCUAAAUUAUCAAGGACUUUACAUUCUUCUCAGUUGUGUUAUCUGGGUAGCAUUUUAUACCUCACUUUUUUUCUUCCACUUUACUUUCUAUUAAGAAGCUGGCCACAGCCAUCAGUAAACAGCUAGUUAUUUUUGCUAUAUCCUGCUGCUUACUUUUCUGGUGGAGUUUGUCUGUGACCUCUAGAUGGCUUUCAAGUCGGCAUUCUUGCUCACGAUUGCAUAGCAUAAUGUUUCUGUAUUAAAAAUAUUUUUACUGGUCUUUUGGAAGAAAGAAAACAGAGUCUUUCUGUUCGUUAUGGGUGAAUUCAAAGAAAUAAAUGUAUGAUACUUUUAUUUCUUCGUUGUGAUUUGCCUAUAGAAAAAAUAUUGACUGAAUAGCUCCCCCACGUGGCAAAUCUGCAAAAUUUACAAAAGUACGUCUGAAGCUCAACAGGUUUGUUAUUAUUUCACAGGUUUGGAAACCCUGUGAAAUGACAUCCUCGAGGUCGAGGAUGUCAUUGGUGGAAACAUCCUCGACCUCGAGGUACAUUCUCUACCUUCCACGUGUGAGUGAUGUGGGAGAGAUUAUGACACGGACCCAAGCUGAGAUAACUUUCAGUGGUCAGCAUGAAGCGCACGUGUGAUGUCACGUUGGGACCAAAUUGCUCACCGGUGCGGACAGGCCGUCAACACGUUGCCCUGCGAGCAACUUCACCAGCACAAUUUCAGCACAGCUGGAACCAUUGUUGGACCCCUUCGUCCUAAAAAAUAGUUUAUUUUGCGGAGAACUAUUUCUGUGUCAUGUCGAUUGAAAGUAUCUCCAUAGAAGCAGAUAUUUUCUCGGAGAGCGGGGAAGAAAGUUCGUCAUUUGGUUUUGGAGAUGAUCUGGAAUUAAACCAGUUCGAUGGCCUGCCCUUUUCCUCUCGGUACUACGAGUUACUGGAAAAGAGAAAGGCUCUUCCAGUGUGGAAGGUCAGGAGUAAGUUUGAAGAUGCCCUAGAAAACAACCAGCUGGUUAUUGUGUCUGGAGUAGCACAAACUGGCAGCAGUACGCAGAUUCCUCAAUGGUGUGCAGAGUUCUGCCUGUCUGCCCAGUUUCAGCAUGGCGUGGUUGUGUGUACACAGACUAACAAAAGGCAAGCUGUGGAUCUUGCUCUGCACGUAGCAGAUGAAAUGGACGUAAACAUCGGUCAUGAGGUGGGCUACACCAUCCCUCUGGAGACCUGUUCCUCCUCUGACACUGUACUCAGAUAUUGCACUGAUGACAUGUUGCUGAGAGAAAUGAUGUCGGACCCUUUUCUGGAACAAUACGGAGUCAUUAUUAUAGACCAGGCCCAUGAAAGGACAGUCAGCACAGACAUCCUGCUGGGUCUCCUCAAGAGCGUCCUCCUGCAGAGGCCUGAGCUCAAGGUGGUGGUCCUCACCAUGUCCGCUGUGGUGGACAGGCUCCUGGGUCACUACGGAAGCGUCCCACUCAUCAAACUGGAGAUCUCUGGUUCUCCUGAGGUGGUGUAUACCACAAUGAACAACAAAGACUAUUUUUACCUUGCACUUGCACUGCUUCAGGAGAUCCACGUUACCAAAGAGAUUGGAAAUGUCAUUGUGUUUUUGGCAUCAGAGGAGGAUGUCCGCAGAGCUUGGAGUAUCAUUGAGAGUGAGAGCCCCAGACUGGAAGAGGGACUGGACCAAAUCACACCAAUCGUUUUGUGCCCAAGCCAGCAAGGGUCCUCACCUUUACUGAUCGAACAAGCAGGCACCACAAACUCCAAGAGGGUUUUUCUUUUGACCCCUAAACAGGAGGCUGUGUGGUUGGCUGGGCAAUCAGUCAACUUUGUAAUUGACACAGGUGUCCAGAAAAAAAUGAUUUACAAUCCAAGAGCAAGAGCUUUCUCUGAGGUGCUUCAACCCAUCAGUCAGUGUCAAGCAGAUGUGCGCAAACACCUGUGUUCAUCAGCAGGUAAAUGUUUCCGACUGUAUCCUGAAGCGAGUCUACCCACAGCCGAAAUCCACCCACAGAUCUUGGACUGUAACAUUACACCAACUGUCCUCUACCUAAAGAGAAUGGAGAUAGCUGGUCUUGGGCAGUGUCACUUUAUGGAAAGACCAGAUCCAGAAGGUCUCAUGCAGGCCUUGGAGGAGCUGGACUACCUUGCAGCUUUAGACGAUGAUGGGAACUUGUCUGAAAUUGGCAUCAUCAUGUCUGAAAUCCCCCUGGAUCCUCAGAUGGCUAAAGCUCUGUUAGCGUCCUGCGAGUUUGACUGUGUUAGUGAGAUGCUGACAAUCGCAGCCAUGCUGUCAGCACCAAGCUGCUUCCUGCAGCCAGCUGGCAGCAUGACCCAAGAGGCAUUCAAGUGUCAGAGAAAGUUCCAACAUCCUGAGGGCGAUCACUUCACACUCAUAAAUAUCUACAAUGCCUUCAAACAAAAACAAAAAGAUCAAUACUUGAAUGUAAAAACUUGGUGCCAAGAUUAUUUUCUGGAUCAUUCCGCUCUGAACAUCGCUGACACUAUCAGAUCAGAGCUGACUAGCACCCUGAACCGAAUUGAGCUUCCCAUUUCUGAACCGGCCUUUGGAACCAAGACAAACACUAACAACAUAAAAAGAGCCCUGCUGGCUGGAUUCUUCAUGCAGAUUGCUCGAGAUGUGGAUGGAUCGGGGAAUUAUCUCAUUCUGACGAACAACCAUGUGGCCCAGUUGCACCCGUUCUCUGGCUACGGAGUUCAGUCACACAAACUCGGACUACCAGAAUGGGUUGUCUUCAACGAAUACGCCCUGGCUGAAAACAGCCUGAGAACAGUGUCGGAGAUUUCCCCUCAAGUGUUCAAUGAAAUGGCACCGAUGUACUUCUUCUACAAUCUGCCCCCUAGUGAAAGCAAAGACAUACUGCACGACAUGUUGGACUCUGAGGAAUCCAGACGUUGCACAAAGAAACAAGCCACAAACAGAAACGGUGACACUGACAAAAGCUGUGCAGCUGGAACACAAACUGACAAAUGUUUGAUUCAGUGAGCUGAAGCAUACGUGUUGCAGUUUUAAAACUGUAACCCAUAUACUUGUGUAUAAAUAUUUUACACAAGUAAAACAUUUGUAGCAGAAUCUACAGGGGUUGUUUGUAGCCUGAAGGCUUUUGUAAACACUUCAUGGAAUACUAAAGAGCCGACAUAUUGAAAACUGUAUCAGUAAUAAGUUCCAGUAUGUAGAUUUGUUACUUUUCCCAAGAUAUAUCCCAGAGAACUCUGUGUAAAACAACUAAGUAUCCCAAAAGUUAUUUCAGAUUCAUAAGCUGUUAUAUUUUUGUCUAGAUCAGCAAACAGCCUUAGGAAUUGAAAUGGAAAGACAAGAAUGAGCUCUUAAUAUUUCAGAGGGUUUUUUUUUGCAAGAUGUAAUCAAGAAGCUUUGUUAAAAACUGUUGAAGUGGACAAAACAGGAUUUCAAUAUGAAAAGGAUACAUUUACUUCAUUUGACUUAAUUACAAGUUAUGUGUAGUCUUAAAAGUUAUUGUACAGUAUAUUUAUUCAGACAAAUUAAACAGUCUUUUAA